AUGCCGGGGCGUUCAACAACAGAAGUCAUUCACCUCGUUAGGAGAUUGAUUGAGCAGUAUAGGCAGAGAAAGAAGGACUUGCAUAUGGUAUUAAUCGACUUAGAAAAGGCGUAUGAUAAAGUUCCGAGAGUGGUUUUGUGGAGAUGUUUGGAGGCUAGAGGUGUGUCUGUUGCCUACGUUAGGUUGAUUAAGGACAUGUAUGAUGAAGUAAAGACCCGAGUAAGUACAGUGGGUGGGGACUUAGACCAUUUCCGUCAUGAUGGGGUUGCAUCAGGGGUCGGCACUCAGCCCUUUUUUGUUUGCUCUGCCGAUGGACGUACUGACGCGCCACAUCUAAGGAGAGGUGUCGUGGUGCAUGCUAUUUGCAGAUGA